CGCUGUAUGCAGUUUUGGAAUUUUCGAAUGUUUUGACAACAAAACAGAUUUUUUGGGGCUCUCUAGAAACUUGUUUUUAACCAAGAAAUCCCAAUAAAAUGAGUAAUUUUGCUGUAGGGGAUGAUUCCCCGUCGUCGGAUGAAGAAGAUGCACUGGUUGACUUUGAGAAACUUCAAGUUCCCAACGUCCAGAGGGGAAUGUUUGUAUCCGGCUGGGAUGAUCCGGAUGAUCUCAUAGAAGAGGACAAAACUCCCCAUGAAACACUCGAACGGGAAAUUCUCUGGGCAUCCGACGAGGGAGACAAUAUUGAGCGUGUGGAAGAAAUCUUGGAGAAAGAUCCGUCUUGUGUAAAGGCAGUUGAUCGUGAUGGGUACACUCCUUUGCAUCGAGCAGCAUACAAUAAUCGCUAUGAAUUGGCACAGCUUCUUCUUAAAUACGGUUCCGAUAUAAAUGCCCGGACAGAAUACAAAUGGACUCCUCUGCAUUCAGCGUGCAAAUGGAAUAAUGCCAAAGUGGCUGCCCUCCUGCUUCAGCAUGGUGCAGAUGUUAAUGCCAGAUCGGAUGGUGAUCAAACUCCGCUCCAUGUAGCUGCCACAGUGUCCAAUUGUCGCAAUACAGCAGUUACAUUGCUCUUUCAUCCCAAAAUCAAUGCCGAUCUUGUGAAUAACUCAAAUGAAAAGGCGGAUUUUAUUGCAAAACGGACAGGGCAGACUCUGCCCAUCUUCCGGAUGGGACAUAGUGCUCUCCAAGUUGAAACUGGCAUUAUAGAUUAAGAUAUGUAUACGAUUAAUAAAAAAAAAGUUCAAAAAUU